AUGGACACGCUGAGGGAAUCGUUCGCUGGACAGGUUAUACGUGCCAUUACUGGUAGUAAGCUACUACCCUAUCCCGACGAACGACCGGACUACGUCCUCCCCAAUCGGUAUCGCUUCUCUGAGAAGACGGCACAAUCUGUUGAUCGAGCAUCCCAUUCCCCUCCUGAUCAUCCCUUCCAUGAACGCAACCUCGCCCCAGGAGAAGAUGCUGAACAGCACGGUAGGGCCAGUACUACUUCUCAAGACUCCGAUGCUACGAUGGUGGUUGACGAGCGAUUAGUAACGAGACAAGGUGGACAAGGGUUGUCACCGGAGAAGAUCAAGGAGCUGAUGGGCAAGAGUCAAAUCGUUACAUGGUAUGGUGUAGAUGAUCCCGAGAACCCUCUGAAUUGGUCGCUGUUCAAGAAAUGCUGGCUGGUGGUUAUCAUCAUGUUGAUGACAUCCUCCGUGUACAUGGGAAGUAGUAUCUGGAGUCCAGCGGUCAUGCAAGGAGCAGAGUAUUUCGGCGUAGGACAAGUUACUUCAACCCUCGGUCUCUCGUUAUUCGUCGCUGGCUAUGGGGUUGGUCCUCUUUGCCUCUCACCCGUCACAGAAAUUCCAGCCAUUGGGAGAACUAUCCCUUACAUCGUCACUCUUGCGAUCUUCUGCGUUCUGCAAGUCCCCACGGCGUUGGUGACGAAUUUUGCUGGUUUCGCCGUGUUACGGUUCUUAGCUGGCUUUUGGGGAUCUCCGCCAUUGGCUACCGGAGGCGCAACCAUACAAGAUGUUUUCGCUGCCCAUACCACUCCUUACGCAAUGGGCCUAUGGGGCUUAUCGGCGGCCUCUGCUCCUGCCCUUGCACCUAUCAUCGCUGGGUUUGCUGUAGAAUAUAAAGGAUGGAGAUGGUCGUUCUGGGAGAUGUUGUGGUUGAGUGGAUUUACUCUGGUGCUUGCGAUCUUCACGCUACCUGAGACAUCAUCUGGUACAAUCCUUCUUCGUCGAGCCAAACGUCUUCGUAAACUUACCGGUAACGACAAUUUGAAAUCCGUUUCCGAAAUAUCGUCCGAGAAGAUGACGGGUGCAGAAGUUGCGAAGAUGACACUCAUCCGCCCUUUUAGCAUGACAUUUACCGAACCUAUCGUCCUUGCCAUUGAUCUGUACAUCGGCCUCAUCUACGCGAUUCUCUAUUCUUACUUCGAGAGUUAUCCAAUUGUUUACUCGGAGAUGGGAUAUGGGUGGAGCUUAGGUGUAUCCAAUCUGCCAUUCGCUGCAUUGCUAGUCGGGAGUUUGAUCUCGUAUGCGGGAUAUUGCAUAUGGAACAAGUUAUACUUUGAGAAGAUAUACAAUGACACAAAUCACAACGCUCCUCCCGAGGCUCGACUACCCAUGUCAAUGGCCGCUGCAAUAUGUUUCCCUGUCUCCCUGUUCUGGUUCGCAUGGUCUGCUAACCGCACUCAUUGGAUUGUUCCAGUCUUGUCGGCUGUUGCUUUCGGUAUGGGGACAACGUGGAUGUUCAUGCCUUUCUUGACCUAUCUCCCUCAUGCGUAUCCCGAAUAUGCUGCUUCGGUACUUGCUUCGAACGACUUUUUCAGGUCAAUGAUGGGUGCUGGUAUGCCACUUGCGGCUCAUGGAUUGUUUGUCAACCUCGGUAUCGACUGGGGAAACAGUCUUCUUGGCUUCUUGACUGUGCUUUUCAUCCCCAUCCCAUUCAUACUUUAUAAAGCCGGACCCUGGCUUCGCAAGAAGAGUCCUCGGGCAUUGCACGACAAUCCUGAAGAAUCCUCCAACAAAGACGAUAAUCAGGCUUGA